AGCCGAACUCGUCUCUGUGCGUGUCUCUAUCUCUCUCCUUUCUCUGUUAUCAGUCAUGGCUCAAACUACGCCAAACCACACACAAAAAGUGUCCGGCUGGGCAGCUCACGAUUCCUCCGGCAAGAUCACCCCUUACAUCUUCACCCGAAGAGAAAACGGCAUAAACGAUGUGACCAUACGGAUAUUGUACUGCGGGAUUUGCCACACUGAUCUCCACCAAGCUCGGAAUGACUGGGGCAUCACCAUGUAUCCUAUCGUCCCUGGGCAUGAGAUUACAGGGGUGAUCACCAAGGUGGGAAGCAACGUAAAGAGGUUCAAGGAAGGAGAUCGAGUUGGGGUAGGGUGCUUGGCCGCGUCGUGUUUGGAGUGUGAGUUUUGCAUCAACUCUCAGGAGAACUACUGCGACCAGAUGCAGUUUUCAUAUAAUGGCAUCUUCUGGGAUGGUAGUAUCACUUAUGGUGGCUACUCCAAAAUGCUAGUAGCAGAUCACAGGUAUGUGGUGCACAUUCCGGGAAAUCUGCCCAUGGACGCAGCAGCACCGCUUCUAUGUGCCGGAAUAACCAUAUUCAGCCCCAUGAAAGAAAAUAAUAUGGUAGCGUCGCCGGGGAAAAAGAUGGGUAUAGUCGGUCUGGGAGGCCUUGGACAUGUGGCUGUCAAAUUUGGCAAAGCAUUUGGUCACCAUGUCACCGUCAUCAGCACCUCUCCAUCCAAGGAAAAAGAGGCUAAACUGCAUUUGGGCGCAGAUAACUUUAUACUGAGCACCAGCGCCGAACAAAUGCAGGAAGCUCGGAAGACCCUAGACUUUAUUAUAGAUACAGUAUCAGGAAACCACUCUCUGGGUCCCAUCCUGGAAUUGCUCAAAGUGAAUGGGACAUUGGCACUUGUGGGUGCACCAGAUAAACCCUACGAAAUACCUUCUUUUCCUUUGCUUUUUGGAAAGAGAACAGUAAAGGGCAGUGUUAUAGGAGGAAUGACAGAUACACAAGAGAUGAUGGAUGUUUGCGGGAAACAAAACAUUACGUGUGACAUCGAACUUAUCACACCCGACCAAAUCAACGAGGCGAUGGAACGCCUCGCUAAGAAUGAUGUUCGCUAUCGUUUUGUCAUUGACAUUGCCACAGACUCAUCUAAUAAGCUUUAACAAGGGUACGUAUAACGUAGUAGGACUUGGAAGCAUUGGCUGAUGCUGAUCCCCUGAUCUGUUCACUUGUGUUCUUGUUCUGUAUAAUAAUAGAGUAGGUGAGUCCGUCGAGAGUCAAGCGACUCAAUUAGCAUGUGUACGUUUCAAAGUUCAAGCACGUCCCAAAUGAAUAAUACUCUCUCGAUCGAUCUCAACCUCAAAUAAUAAAGGCUAAAUUACUUUUCAGAUA